UGUCACCGUAAUGCACAAGUGGUCCCUAAUCCUUUCUGGAUAUGGAGAUUAUACCCUCCAAAAUUUCACUACACAAUUAUUGGGUAGCAGCAGCCACAUUUGAAUCCCAGUCUUAUUCUAGCUACUCGUUGUUGCCACAUUUAAAGCACCAAAAGAAUGAAGUAGAGAAAGAGGGAAAACACAUUCUUGAGAGUGAAAGAUGAAGUUCGGAAAGGAGUUCUCUUCGCAGAUGGUGCAAGAAUGGCAGGGAGCAUACAUGGACUACACCCACCUCAAGAAACACCUCAAAACCAUCCUCAAAUUCCGGCAGCAGCAGCAGCAGAAUGGCUUCACUCGGCGGAGGUCGGCCUUGCACAGGGCCUUCAGCGGCCUAACCGGGUGGAGCUCGCCCAGGACCAGAGAGGAAGAGUCUGUGAUGAUCCCACACACCACCCAUUACCAGGCCUUGCUCACCAGGCUCUCCGAGGAAGGCGCCGAGCACGAGCUCCACUUCUUCAAGAAGCUCGACCUCGAGUUCGACAAGGUGAGGGCCUUCCACGAGGGGAAGCUUCAAGGGGUCAAGGACGCCGCCGCACAGCUCACCCAACAGAUGGAUGCUCUCAUUGCUUUGAGGAUCAGAGUCCAGAAGCCCCACCUAACGCCGCCUGCUGUUUCUGCAAGAACCAGCCUUGCUGCUGAUAUGGAUGUGAUUCAACAAGUAGGUGAGAUUAGUGAGCAGAAGGAGAGUUUGAGGCCUGCACCUCUGCAACUUUUGGAGCAUGUGAAGAUCAAUGUUGAUCCUGAUACCCCCGUCUCCACCCUCAAGAACGUCGUCAUGAGCUCCAAGCUCGAGCUGUCGUUCAGCAAGGACGAGCUGCGCAGGGCCGAGAAGAAGAUGCGCAAGGCCUUCGUCGAGUUUCACCAGCAGCUUCGCCUUCUCAAGAGCUACAGUUUCUUGAAUAUGCUUGCCUUCUCCAAGAUUAUGAAGAAAUAUGACAAGAUAACUUCAAGGAAUGCUUCAAAAACUUACUUGCAAAUAGUGGACACCUCGUCCCUUGGCAGCUCGGACGAGGUUUACAAACUCAUCGGAAAACUAGAGGCAUCGUUUAUCAAGCACUUCGCCAAUGGAAACCGAAGAGAAGGGAUGAAGGUGUUGAGACCUGGAGCCAAAAGGGAGAGGCACGGGGCAACGUUUCUCCUAGGUCUAUUCACCGGCUGCUGCAUAGCUCUGAUUGCUGCUAUCGUCGUCUCUGUCCAUGCUCGUGAUCUCCUGCAACACAACGGAGGAAGGCAGUAUAUGAAGACCAUAUUCCCACUCUAUAGCUUGUUUGGAUACAUCGUCCUACACAUGAUCAUGUACGGCGCGAACACCUAUUUCUGGACGCGUUUAAGAGUGAACUACCCUUUUAUAUUCGGCUGCAAACCAGGGACAUCACUUGGCUUCAGAGAAGUCUUGCUUGUUGCCUCCGGGCUCUCUGUACUCACCCUGGCUGCUGUCCUCGCUCAUCUCGACUUGGAUAUGGAUCUAGAGACGGAGAAGUUCCGAUUACUAACUGAACUGCUUCCGCUCUUCCUAGUGACUGUUGUGCUUGCUAUAACGUUUUGUCCCUUCAACGUUAUAUACCGUUCCAGUCGUUUCUUCCUCAUUCGUUCAACGUGGCACUGCAUCUGCGCUCCUCUCUACAAGGUUACUUUCAUUGAUUUCUUCUUGGCAGAUCAGAUGACGAGCCAGAUUCAGGCCAUCAGAAGUCUGCAAUUCUAUAUAUGCUACUAUGUAUGGGGAGACUUCAGAAAGAGAUCGAGCGAGUGCACAAACAACAGUACUUACAAGUUUCUAUACAUAGCCGUAGCUGUUAUCCCAUACUGGUUGCGCCUCCUUCAGUGCCUCCGUCGUGUGUUUGAGGAGAAAAACGCCAUGCAGGGCCUCAACGGCCUAAAGUAUUUGUCAACAGUUGUGGCUCUGGUGAUGAGGUCAGUGUAUGAUAUCACUGCACAAAAUGGCAAUCCAUCGGCGUUUUGGAGGAUCAUGGCUGCAGCAACCUCAGGAAUCACGACCAUCUACAACACGUAUUGGGAUAUCAUAGUGGAUUGGGGUCUCCUGCGAAAGAAAGCCAAGAACAGAUGGCUCAGAGAUAAGCUUCUGAUAUCAAACAAAGCUGUAUAUGUAGUAGCUAUAGUGCUCAACAUACUUCUGAGACUUGUAUGGAUGCAGCUGGUUCUUGAUUUCCAUCUCCCAUUUCUCCACAGAAAUGCCAUGGUCUCUGUCGUUGCAUGCUUGGAGAUACUUCGUCGUGGCAUUUGGAACUUCUUCAGGUUGGAGAAUGAGCACUUCAGCAACGUGGAAAAUUAUAGGGCAUUCAAGUCCAUACCUAUGCCAUUCUACUAUGAACAAGAGUCAGUUAGGAGACAUGAUUUAUGAAAUUUUGUUCUUGUAUUUAGAGAUAUGUCUUUUAAGUUUUGUGACAAGAGUGUGAAGGAUAGCAUUUACAAUAUGUGUAGAUAAUUUUUUCUAGUGUGAUUGACCUAAAUCUAAUAUCAAUCAUCAUGAGUCCUCGAAAGGUUUACCAAUACCAAUAAAUAUUCACCAGAUUUUAGUACUA